AUGGGUGACUGGGGAUUCCUGGAAAAGUUGCUGGACCAGGUCCAGCAGCACUCCACCGUGGUGGGCAAGAUCUGGCUGACCGUGCUCUUCAUCUUCCGCAUCCUCAUCCUGGGCCUGGCCGGCGAGUCCGUGUGGGGUGACGAGCAGUCGGAUUUCCUGUGCAACACGGCCCAGCCGGGCUGCACCAACGUCUGCUACGACCAGGCCUUCCCCAUCUCCCACAUCCGCUACUGGGUGCUGCAGUUCCUCUUUGUCAGCACGCCCACCCUCAUCUACCUGGCCCACGUCAUCCACCUGUCUCGGCGCGAGGAGCGGCUGCGGCAGAAGGAGGAGGAGCUGCGGGCGAUGCCGCACAAGGACCCGUGCGUGGAAAGGACGUUGGCGUCCAUAGAGCGUCAGAUGGCCAAGAUCUCGGUGGCCGAGGAUGGUCGCAUGCGGAUCCGAGGGGCGCUGAUGGGCACCUACGUGGUCAGCGUGAUCUGCAAGAGCGUACUCGAGGCAGGCUUCCUGUAUGGCCAGUGGCGUCUCUACGGCUGGACCAUGGCCCCCUUGUAUGUGUGCCACCGCUUGCCCUGCCCCCACUCGGUGGACUGCUAUGUCUCUCGCCCCACCGAGAAGACUAUCUUCAUCAUCUUCAUGCAGGUGGUCGGGUUCAUCUCCCUGCUGCUCAACCUGCUGGAGCUGGUGCACCUGCUGUACCGCUACCUCACAAGGAGACUGAAGGCCCAGCAGGGCCAGAAUGCCGCCCUGGCUCAGGGCACCAGCCCCGAGCCCUACGCUAACCAGGUCUUCUACCUCCCCAUGGGCAAGGAGCCCUCUUCCGAGCCAUGCCCCGUCUACAGCGGGCUCUCGUCCAGUGAGCAGAACUGGGCUAACCUGACCACGGAGGAGAGGCUGGCUGCUUCUAGGCCACCCCCCUUUGUGGACCCGUACCCCGAGAGCAGCCAGAAAUACCCCAGCAGCCAUGCCUCUAAGAAACAAUAUCUGUAG